GAUCGAUUGAAAAUGAACACCGAUGAAAGGAAAAAAGAAACCAUAUUUGCAAACAUAUUGAAUUAUAGCUAGUCUCAUACUGUUUUAACCAUUCCAAAACUAAUUCCCUUGUACUGAUUCAUGCUCACAGAGAAUAAUAAAUUAAGUGAAUUGCGAUAUUUUGAAGACAUGUCUGGAAAUGAGAUGAAGCUCAAUUUCCAUUCUGCAAGAUAAUUUUCCAGGCCAGUGACCAAUCACUUAUCGGUGGUUGGCAGCCGGUCGCCUUCUGUACCAUCCUCUGUAAUCAAUGAAUCACGCUAAGUUGUGAAUUUGUAUUCCGACAUCCCCCCAGGCGCCUCCAAUUGAACUUUUUCACCUCCCCCUAUUUUCACCCAUUUUCACUCAAUCGUGAUAACAUUUACAAGCAAGCGAAGGAAAUUUUUUUCACUUCUCGAAACAACAAUGGAAGCGUUGGAAAAGUAAAAAAUUGUCUCGAAAAAUUUUCUGUGAAUUUAUGUACAAAUUUCUCGUGGUAAAAUGUGCAAUAGCAACAAUUUAGGACAGUUUUAUGCCCUUCCAACAACAGUCGGAUACAAUGGGCAUGAUUUGAGAUACAAGAGAAAUCCCAUGUACUCUUUUGGAACACGACAGAAGCCUCACAAACCAUUUGGAUAUGCUACCACGCUACCUCUCGGAACUGAUAGGAGCAAUAUAACGAGAUUCGGAAGGCAAGAAGCUCCCAAAUUCUCAAUUACAGGACGACAUCAUGUAUCUGAUGGAAGUCAAAAUCCUGGACCAAUUUACCUGAUUAACGAUGCACUUACUCGGCAAUCUUCCCCAAAAUUUAGCAUAACAGGAAGAACCAAACAAGUAUCAACUGAUCGUUCACCUGGACCAAUUUACGCAUUCAAAGGAGACAUAGGGAAAUCUUCAGCACCAGCCUUUUCACUAAGUGGACGCCAUGCGAAGCUACGGAAGAGUAAGAUGCCAAGUCCAGCUCAAUAUGCAGCUCCUAAUCUGGAUGCCUGCAAGCCAAGUGCUCCAAAAGCCUCAAUGAAAUUUCGCCAUAAGGGAAUUACCAGUCAUACUAAGACACCUGGGCCAAACAUCUACUUUCCUCAGCCCACAUCAUCAGCAAAGGCUUAUUCCUUUGGACUAAGACAUCAUCCUUGUUCAGGACGAAUUCUAACCCCAGAGGACAACAAAUAAAAGACA